AUGCCCUAUGCCGACACUGCUCGCGAGUUCCUAGAACUCGUCUUUUCUUCUCAUGAGAAGGAAUUGGCAGCAGAUGCAGCCCAUAAAAAGCUGCAAGCUCUGUGCAUUGCGGGUAAUUUCCCCUUGUGGCUAGGUAGCUCUAGCCCUGAGAUACCGCUGACAAAGCAAUUUAAAGAGGAAAUGAGGAAGGAGAGCUCUGCGCUUGAGAAGGCGCAUCUCACUUAUAAGAAGGAGCAACUGGACUGGGCUAUUGCCCAUAAGGCUUCAAAAGCUGCGAUGUACCAAAACUCCCUUGUGCCACACGCCAUGUACAACUACAUCCUACCUAAGUUUACCAUCAUCCACAAAGAGCAGACGAGGCUUUGCCAGAUCCCCACUCUCGGCACAGUUAAUGCUAACGGUAUUGACUGGCCCUUAAGGGUUGUAUCGUGGAAAACGUCCCCAGGAGUAAACCGGGAGUUAAACGUGUGCAAACUGGACUGCAUAGCAUGGGCGACGCGAGUUUACGUACUCGCAGACGCCAAAUUUCACAAAGCGGAAGUGAAAGUGCAGAAGAAGCGGUCCUUGAAGGCGGACACCGAUGUUGCAAUGGGAGAAGCGACGGCAUCUGGCAGUAAAUUUGUGGAGUCCCUUAUAGACCGCAAGGUCUCCACGGCCUUCAAGAAAAUACAGAAGCUCCAUAAUGCGCGUGUCAAAGAGAGGGUAAUUAUAAAAGAACAAGAUCGACUUCGUGAAGAGGGCGGCCAAGAGGAGGAGGGAGUUAAUGGACCGAUCAGAGGGCGCAAGCAGAAGCAACGCGGUGCCUCCCCCUGCCAAGGCAAAAAAGGCGGAGAGCCUUACAAGGGGAAGAUCAACAAGGUGAAGAAGGACAGGAAGGGCAAAGGGAAGGCCCCCCGGAAAUAA